GCGCGGAGCACAGGCCACCGGCGAGCGGGCGAGCGGGCCCGGCGGCGGCGGGGAGCGGCGGGGGAGCCGGCAACAGCCGCGCGACCAGCCCGGAGCGACGCGCCUGACGCUCCUGCAAACUUGGGCGCGCGCUCGCGCCACGGAGCGCUCGCCGCGGGAGCGAUGAAGAUGGUCGCGCCCUGGACGCGGUUCUACUCCAACAGCUGCUGCCUGUGCUGCCAUGUCCGCACCGGCACCAUCCUGUUGGGCGUCUGGUACCUGAUCAUCAACGCUGUGGUGCUGCUAAUUCUGCUGAGCGCCCUGGCUGACCCAGACCAGUACCACUUUUCAAGUUCUGAGCUAGGUGGCGACUUUGAGUUCAUGGAUGAUGCCAACAUGUGCAUUGCGAUUGCAAUUUCUCUUCUCAUGAUCCUAAUAUGUGCCAUGGCCACUUAUGGAGCAUACAAGCAACGCGCAGCGUGGAUCAUCCCAUUCUUCUGUUACCAGAUCUUUGACUUCGCCCUCAACACCUUGGUUGCUGUCACUGUGCUUGUCUAUCCAUACUCCAUUCAGGAAUAUAUUCGGCAGCUGCCUCCUAAUUUUCCCUACAGAGAUGAUAUCAUGUCGGUGAAUCCUACCUGUUUGGUCCUAAUUAUUCUUCUGUUUAUCAGCAUUAUCUUGACUUUUAAGGGUUACUUGAUUAGCUGUGUUUGGAAUUGCUACCGAUACAUCAAUGGCAGGAACUCCUCUGAUGUCCUGGUUUAUGUUACCAGCAAUGACACUACGGUGCUAUUACCCCCAUAUGAUGAUGCCACCGUGAAUGGUGCUGCCAAGGAGCCACCGCCCCCUUAUGUGUCUGCCUGAGCCUGAGAGGGGAGUGAAACUGGGACCUGCAGCUUGAUUUUCAGAUGUCAGAGCAAUAGUUCUUUCAUUUCACUUCUGGGAUGAGCUCUCUGAGCUUAUUCGUUGCUGAAAUGCUCCAGUUUUAAAAUUUAGAUGUUAAGUUGAAAUCCUCUUUAGUGUUAAGCAUAUGCUUCAGCUAGAGCAUGGUUAUAAUCACUGUAGCAUUACAUAGGCUGGGGCACAGUGGGCUUCCCUCGUCUGCCCUGGUUUUCCCUAGGCAUGGAAACCUCCCCGCAAUUCGGAUGGGCCUGGAGUCAGAGAAGCCUGGUUUUGUCCCUGCUGGACCUCAGAAUUAGGGAAUGAGCCACAUUUUUUUCUUCAUGUUCCCUCUAUCUCUUUUGAGAGUGUAAAAUAAAAUCAAAAUUAGAUAAUGCUUUUCUUAAGCCAUUCUAGUGUGUGAACAAACCUAGAACAGGAAUGUCAAUUGUGUAAUCAUUGCUCUAAUUAGCUAAAUAGGAGUUCGUAUCUAUAUAAAUAAAACAAGAAUUUCCUUAA